GGAAUUCUCAGACUGUAUCACCCAGUAGGGUUGUGGUCACAUGUGUCCUGUAAGGCAUUCUGAUUGCCAGCCAGGGGUGGAAACAUUUGUUGGUAUCACUGAGCUAAGAUGGUGUUACCUCGAUCCCUGUGGCUGCUGUCUGUCUGUCUUCUGUCCUGGUGUUGUGAUGCCAGGUCACUAGGUCCUCAAGAUCUACAGCUAGAAUCAUGGCAAAUAACUUUUGUGUUCUUGCAUCUGAAAGGAGAAACAAUAAGUAUGGAUGACAUUGAAGUGAUGUUUCAAAUGAAUAAAGCUGGAGCUUAUGUCCCAUCUGUUGAGACUGAGAAGGCUGUGAUGGAGGAUGUGGAUAACAAAGCCUUGUAUGUCAGCUCACAUGCAUUUAAGAUUCUCCCUAAGCAGCCUAAGUUGAGACAUGGCCACACUGAUUUUAAAUUUCCUGAACCAUCCCAAAUGUGGAAGGUAUUGAUGAACGAUGACUCUACCCGCUACAAAUUGAAAUUUUGGCAAAGAACUUGAGAGAGUCCUGAAGAAACUUGUCCCAAUAUGGGAUAUUCCAGGGAAUGGUCAUAAGACAAACCCAAGGCUUGUGUAAACAUUGUGAAGACAGCAAUACUUUGCAUGCAUUUUGAACUAUGAAGACACAACAAAACUGAAAAAGAACAACCCUGCUUACAAAGUAGAGUUUAGUCUCCUGCUACUUAACAUAGCCGCUUUCUUUCUCUGUCCUCAUUUGGGAAAAUUUCCUAAUCUGUAAGACAGGCAUGCUCACUUAGUGUAAGCUCUUCUCAGGUUCUCUGAAAUAAACUUAACUGCACUUUGAGUCCA